CGACUGUACGACCUUCGUCUUAAAAUUCCAGGCCAAAACCUCUAGUGGUAAAUCCCCAAUCCUCAAAUUUAUUUACAAAAGAACCCCUUACUGUUCUCCUUCAUCUUCAGGGUAACAAAUAUGGAAGUUUUUGAAAAGACAACAGAAACCCUUUCUGGGGAUAAGUCUUUAGACCAAGAUGCUAAUGAAGGCUCUAAAGCUGCUGGGUUUACUGCCGAGAAUUCAUGGGAAAAUGGUUUUAGGGUUUCUAUAAAUGGAAAGGGAGGUUCUUGUAUUGGUGAAGACGGUGAGGGACUUGAGGAUUCUGAAAUGAAUGGGGUUUCUUCUUUGUUACAAAUGAAAGGAAGUGAUAGGAACAUUGAUGUUAAUGGUGGAAGGAGUGAGAGUGGUGAAGGGUUUGACACUCUUUUAGGUGCCGUUGAUCAAAGUAAAGAAAUUGAUGUUGAAAAUGUAUUGCCAAAUGGUGACCAUGACGGUGAAACCGUGAAAUUCGAAGAGAAAGAUGAUGGUGGUAAGAUGGUAAUGAAUGAAUUAGAUGACGCCUAUGAUGGUGGUGGUGGGUUUUCUUCUGGUUAUUUUGUAUGGGGUAAGAUUAAGAAUCAUCCAUGGUGGCCGGGACAGGUUUAUGAUCCGACCGAUGCGUCGGAUUAUGCGGUGAAGAUUAGACAGAAGGGAAGACUCCUUGUUGCGUACUUCGGUGAUAGUUCAUUUGCGUGGUGCCAUCCAUCUCAAUUGAAGCCUUUCGAAGAGAAUUUUCAGGACAUGUCGAAGUUGAGUAGCUCUAAGAACUUUGUCAAUGCUGUAUGGACUUCCGUUGAUGAAAUUGGAAGACUUGUGGAGUCGAAAAUGACUUGCUCGUGUGUUCCAAAGGAGAAUUGUGUCGGACUGGACCGGCCUCUGGCAGAGAAUGCUGGGAUAAAGGAAGGAGUUCUUGUUCCUGAAGGUGGAAUUGAAAGGUUUCAGUUGGUCUCUUUGAGCCCAAAGAAGUUCUUGGUAAAUUGAAACAAGUUUCACAGGCUCUUUCAACCAGUAA